GUACCGUGGCAGCACAAGAAGUCAACUUUAAUCAAUCCUAUUUGGGGGAUUGCUUCCCUCCCCAACAACUCGGAGGAAGCCAUCUUUCCCCAUCUGCUUGAAGCAGGUUCUUUAGAAACCCGUGAAUGUCGUAGCUUCUGGUUUACUUUUCAUUUUCCAACAAAGAUACAACACCUUUUUUCGCUUUACCCUUUCCACGAUAACAAACUCAAGUUUUCUCCUUUUGCUGCUCGACCUUUCAUAUCGAGAACCCCUUUGUCAACCCCUGAGCCAUACGAGAUCUUGUUGAACAAAUACGAGAAGCUGAGCCUUUCACUCCUUCUCGUCUUACUUCUUUGAUUUGAAACAGCCCGAGUGCUUUACUAUUUACUAUUACUGGUACUAUUAUAAAACAACCUCCGCUUCUUUUGAAAUUGAUUCUACGAUGCAGGACAGCACUUCCACACUUCCUUCCGCGGGAACUUCUGUUGUAGUUGGCGACGGUGUUGUUCCUGGUAUUAGCAGUGUUUCCCCUUCGUCUGUGAUAAAUGGGCCUGCGGUAUCCUGCAUGAGCAUCAGCAACUCUUUUUUUGAGCAAGCGGCUCAUCAGAAUGCCGAUGGCGUAGUCUCUCUCCAACAAGGAGACUGCGGGAGAGCCUUCCACUCCUUUGUGGCAACGCUUACCACACUGAGUCACUUUCGGCAUUACCACACGUUGCACUCCUCCUCCUCCUCGUCUCUAGAUCCUCCAACGCAAUGCGCCCCUACUCCUGCGCCCAAACCAAAGAACUGCAAGGCAAUCCCUGUUCCGUACUUGGAAGACAGUGGCUUUUACAUUUACAAUCAUGCGGUGAUCUUCUCUCGCAGACCUCGUAUCGGUGGAGACGGUACUGGUAACCGCAACGGCAAUGACAAUGACAAGUGCGCUUCGCAGUUGUUGGAUACCAUUUCCUGGAUGGAAGCCGUCACUCAGUUCAACCUUGGUCUGGCGUACCAUCAGCGCGGAAAGCACUGCGGUGAAGAUCGAACGCUCCAAGGUGCCCUCCAGCUCUACGAACAAGCACAGGCCACACUACGAGGGAUCUCCUCCACUAACUGCGAAGAAACCAAGAUCUUGCAGUUGGCCGUCAUGAACAACCGGAUCCAUAUUCUCAACGAACUCGCGCGAUACCAGGAAGCACAAGAACUGGUCAACGAUCUCCUCCUGCAGGCGGUGGCUGCUCUUCAGUUCGAUGUCUUGUCCUUCUUGACCAAGACGGAUAUCGAUCACUUCCUCUUGAACGCUUUGGUGAUUAGGAGGUUCAACACAGCACCGUGUGCAUGAGCCCUCCUCCAGGAUCCUCGUCACGUGAUUGAAUCAUGCGACGAACGUCCAUCCUUCUCCCUCUCGAACUCUCUCCUCUACACUCCUCUGAUACAUACAUCAUUUGGCAGCCACAAUGUUUUGCACUCUGUACGAAUAGCACCUGACACACCACCACCACAUCUCUCUUUAGAUGUCCCUCUCAACUUAAAGAGUGGGAUGAAACAUCACCUCACACUCAUUCCAAUAGAGUUUCCCCAACUAGUUUUACUUGGUAGGAGUUAAAUUAACAACAAUAUCUAGUAACG